GCGCCACCGCCCGCCAUGAUGGGGAGCAGGGUAGCCGCGGCGCUGCUCCGCCGGGGCAAGGACCAGGCCUCUGCCCUGGCGACGAUCCCUCGCCUCCCGAGGGGCUCUCCGGCUCCGUCCCCCGCUCCUCCUAGGGUUGGAUCGGGCUCCUGUGGCGGCGCUGGCGGCCACCUCCUCCCUUCGCCUCACCCGCGGUCGAACGGCGGCUUGUUCGCCGCCUCCCGAGUCGCCUCCUUCCACGCCUUCCGCUCUCUCGCUCCCAAGAGUUGUUUUGGCCAGUGCACACGAAAAAUGUCUACUGCGUCAGCAGCACUGAAUCCAACGGUGGCAAACGCAGCAGCAAAUUCGGCACUAAAGCUGCUCGUUACCAAAGGCCCUGGAGCGCAGAAGGCAGUUGGGAUAUGGCUCUUUGGAUGUGCUGCCUGGGUAUUCAGCAUGGUCAUACUUGGUGGAGUCACUCGGCUCACACGUUCAGGGCUUUCAAUGACCGAGUGGAAGUUUGCUGGGGGGCUGCCUCCUAUGUCAGAAGAAGAGUGGCUACUGGAAUUCGAGAAAUACAAGCUCUCGCCUGAAUACAUGAGGGUGAACAAAGGAAUGAACCUUGAAGAUUUCAAAUUUAUCUACUGGAUGGAGUAUGCACACAGAAUGUGGGGAAGAGCUUUGGGUUUUGUAUUUGCUGUUCCUUUUGGAUACUUUGUUGCAAAAGGCUAUGUUACACGCCAACUUGGCCUCAGGCUCUCUGCUCUUUUUGCACUUGGUGGUGGGCAAGGACUGAUUGGCUGGUGGAUGGUGAAAAGCGGUCUUGAGGAACCAGCAUCUGAGUAUGUUGAACCAAGGGUUAGCCCGUACAGGCUGGCAGCUCAUCUGACCUCUGCAUUUGCUAUAUAUUGUGGUAUAUUGUGGACUGCCCUAUCAGUAGUGAUGCCAGAACCUCCUGCUGAAUCAAUGAAUUGGGUAAAAGGCGCAGCAAAAUUAAGAAAGCUGGCAAUUCCUGUCAGUGCCGUGGUAGGCAUUACUGCCGUAUCUGGAGCUUUUGUUGCAGGAAAUGAUGCAGGGCGUGCAUACAAUACGUUUCCAAAGAUGGGUGACACUUGGAUUCCUGAAGAUGUGUUGAGUAUGGAACCUUUCAUACGUAAUUUCUUUGAGAAUACAUCUACUGUGCAGCUCAAUCACCGAAUUCUCGCAACAACUACCUUAUUGUCUGUGAGUGGCUUAUGGUUGGCCGCAAGGAAAAUAGACAUGCAUCCAGCAGUCAAGUCUCUGGUUGGGAGCACACUUGGGAUGGCAGCUCUUCAGGUUACAUUGGGGAUAUCUACACUUUUGAUGUAUGUCCCGACCUCUUUGGGCUCAGCUCAUCAAGCUGGUGCGUUGACGUUACUGUCACUGAUGAUACUUCUCACUCACACUUUAAGAAGACCAUCACCAGCUCUCUUGAAGUCACUUGCAUCCGCUGUGAAAUCAACAUGACACGAUGCCAUGAAAUUGCCCUCACAGUGGCUAUUUGAUUUUUUUGUCCUUCUAACAUUCAUGGGUCCCUUAUUUGCAGUAUCUAACUAUAGUGUUUGGUAAAAGAACAAAUUCUUGAGUAAGUCGUCUUCAUAGAUUUGUAGCGGCAAAUAUUACAAACCUUCCCAAAGUUAUCUUUUGUAUAUUGCAGUUUUUUAUGCAAUAUUUCAUUUGGGCAUGCUGGCCAAAAGUGUGUACUCUGCUAGAUGAUAAGUGUCGAAGCUUAACCUAUUAUGUACGAUAAGCUAAGAAUUGUUGGUAGUCCACCUUAAGGCAUAUGCUUUGAAUAUGUGAGUUCAUUAUGUUUUAAUCCACAUUAUGAUCGAUACAAUGUCAUAUACUUUGCAAUGUACAC